UUGCGCGAUGGAUGUUUUUGUUUGGCAAUGGAAUCAAUAGGCGUGCUAAUGACUUGCCCAAUGCACACUUACAUCGAACAACAACUCGCAAAGCGCUUCAACCUCUUCAAACUCUGGCACUAUCCCUCCCUCUCCGCCUUCGCCAAAACCCACGCCACCGCCAUCCGCGCCGUCGUCGGAAGCCCCAAAGUCGGAGUGGACGCCGCGACCAUCGACUCCUUCCCCAACCUCGAGAUUGUGGCCACUUACAGCGUCGGAUACGACAGCAUCGACAUCCAAAGAUGCAGAGAGAAAUCCAUUCCCGUGACCAACACCCCCAACGUUUUAACCGACGACGUCGCCGACCUCGCCAUCGGCCUCGCCCUCACCCUCCUCCACAAGAUUUCUCCUUCACCAAAGCUUAGUGGAAAAGCGGUUGGAAUUAUCGGGUUGGGAAGGAUCGGCUCGGAGAUUGCGAAAAGAGCCGAAGCUUUUGGGUGUCCAAUUAGUUACCACUCCAGAUCUCAGAAAAGAGAGUGUAAUUAUAAGUAUUACCCUAAUAUUCUUGACUUGGCGGCUAACUCUGAAGUGCUUAUCGUGGCAUGUACCCUUAGCCAAGAGACCCGUCACAUUGUGAACCGUCCAGUUAUCGACGCCUUGGGCCCCAAAGGGAUUUUGAUCAAUAUUGGGCGUGGCCCGCACGUGGAUGAGGCCCAACUCGUUUCCGCUUUGCGUCAAGGAAGGCUAGCUGGGGCGGGCCUUGAUGUGUUCCAGAACGAGCCGGAGGUGGCCCAAGAGCUGCUGGGCCUUGAAAAUGUCGUGUUGACCCCUCACGUGGGCAGUGACACGGUCGAAACUUGCAUUGCAAUGGCAGACCUUGUGAUUGCCAACUUGGAGGCACACUUCCUUGGCAAUCCACUUUUGACUCCGGUCUACCCUCUUCUGAGAAGCUGAAAGGACUUUUAUUUUAUUUUUUUGGAUUAGUAUUUGUUCACGUGUCUUUAUCUCAACCAUGAAGGAGAUGUAACAUUUGGCUCGUCGUUUAAUAUAUUAUUUUCAAUUCACUUUUUAAUUAUAUUUUCAUCACAAAAAUUAUACCAUUAAA